AUGAGGUUCGUUCUUACCGCGGCGGCAUUCGCUACUGGCAUCGCGGCCCAGUCUGGAGCAUACGGGCAGUGCGGCGGUAAAGGCUGGACUGGACCGACUACAUGCAUCUCUGGCUAUACCUGUGUUUACAACAACGACUGGUAUAGCCAAUGCCUUCCGGGAACUCCUUCAUCUUCCACAAAGACUAGCUCUGCGCCAUCCACCACGACCACACCUCCAUCGUCUGGAGGUAAAUUGAGGUGGGUUGGUGUAGACGAGAGUGUUGCAGAGUUUGGACAGGGCAAGUAUCCCGGUGUUUGGGGCGUGGACUUUAGAUUUCCUGACGAGAAUGCCAUUGGUACGCUUAUCAAAGAGGGCUACAACAUCUUUCGACUUCCCUUUUCCAUGGAACAAAUGGCUGCCAACACCAUGGAAUCUUCCCUCCAGACAGCAUACCUCGCCAAUCUGACCGAUGUUGUCAACUAUAUCACCGGCCAAGGAGCCUAUGCCAUCCUUGAUCCCCACAACUUUGGUCGCUACUAUGGAAACAUCAUCACCAAUGUCAACGCCUUUGAGGCGUUUUGGAAGAACUUGGCAACUGCUUUCCGCUCCAAUACCAGAGUCAUAUUCGACACAAACAACGAAUACCACGACAUGGACCAAACUCUUGUCUUUCAGCUGAACCAAGCCGCAAUUGACGGGAUUAGAGCUGCCGGAGCAACUACCCAGUACAUCUUCGUGGAGGGCAACUCGUACUCUGGAGCAUGGACCUGGGCUACCGUCAAUGACAACUUGAAGGACUUGUCAGACCCACAAGGCAAACUCAUCUACGAAAUGCACCAGUAUCUGGAUAGCGAUGGUUCUGGCACAAGCGCAGACUGUGUGAGCAGCACCAUUGGCCAGGAGCGAGUUGCCAGCGCGACAAAGUGGCUCCGUGAUAACAAGAAGCUUGGUGUUCUCGGUGAGUUUGCAGGCGGAGCUAACGACAACUGCAAGACAGCCGUUACUGGCUUGUUGAAUCAUCUUCAGUCGAAUAGUGAUGUGUGGCUGGGUGCUCUCUGGUGGGCAGGAGGGCCGUGGUGGGCAAACUAUAUUUACUCGUUUGAACCGCCUAGUGGAACGGGAUAUCAGUAUUAUGAUUCACUUCUUCGGGGGUAUUUGCCAUGA